AAGUGCAGCCAUCUCAUGGUCAGACGACACUGGGAGGAAAAAUCUAGGAAAAUUAAUUUUCAAUUCUGUUCGUAUUUCUGUCAAAAUAUGGGCCAAGAGAUAUCGCAACAGCAAAAUCAGCAACACCAACAACACCACCAGCAGCACCAGCACCACCAACAACAACAUCAACAACAACCAAUCCCCCACCACAAACGACAACCCCAACGUAAAAGCUUCAGCGGCAUCAGCAACAACACCAAUCAGCCCAUCUACACUCCAGCAAGUCACCUAUCCAGCUCUAGCUCCUCAACAACAACCACCAACAACGAUUAUAACAAUAAUAAUACCAAUAAUCUGAACAAUCAGAACUAUAGAUUACGUCACAAGUACAAUUUGAGUAAACAGACCUACGAAAGGAGUAAGAUAACAGCAAGCCAAUCGGAUACAGAUUCACAUUACGCCAAGUUAAACCUACAAAGGAGUAGUUCCCAGAGUUCAGAUAGUGGGAUCUAUAACUCCUCCUGCCACUGCAGUUCUAUAUCUUCGAUAUCGGCUGUCAGCAGCAGUGCCAGCAGUAGUCGCAGUAGCAGCAGCUCCAGUCGUGGUUGUCCCAGCUCUCUGGUCUCCAGCAAAUCGAAUCGUUCGUUGGACAAACAAAAACACUAUUUAAGUCAUCAUCUUUAUAUCAAAUCCUAUCUGGAUAUCUUGGAGGAGGACGAGCGGGCUCGGGCGCAUUUCAAAUCCGCUCGUCCAGGUGGCAUACGCAACUAUACACCCAAGAUCUUGGCCAGCGGCGAGUCGAGUAUCUCGGGCAGUUCUAAUACCAAUACCAGUUCAUCUAACACAGCUGCUCUAUCGUCAUCUGCUCCAGCUCAUUGUUACGGUCCGGGCAAGAGGACAACAACAUCAACUGGAGGUGGAAGUGGCAGUGGUACAGGCAAACAUUGUCAGGAGGAUCCCGUCGAUCCCGAGAACAAGGUCCAGGAGCCAACCGUCAUACGUCGUCAGUAUGAUUUCGUGGUCAUUGGCGGUGGUUCAGCUGGAGCUGUGGUGGCCAAUCGCCUAAGUGAGAUACGCAAUUGGACGGUUCUGCUCUUGGAGGCUGGCGGCGAUGAAACGGAGAUCUCGGAUGUGCCAGCCUUGGCGGGAUAUCUGCAGCUAACCGAGUUGGAUUGGAAAUACCAGACAACGCCCUCGUCCACCCGUCAGUAUUGCCAGGCAAUGAAGGGAGAUCGCUGCUUCUGGCCAAGAGGCAAAGUUCUGGGCGGUAGUUCUGUGCUAAAUGCCAUGGUCUAUGUACGUGGUUCUAAGAAUGACUACAACCAUUGGGCUUCCCUGGGCAAUCCAGGAUGGGAUUAUGACAGCAUGCUGAAGUAUUUCCUCAAAUCAGAAGAUGUACGAAAUCCAUACUUGGCCAAGACACCAUAUCAUGAAACGGGUGGAUAUCUUACAGUCCAGGAAGCUCCAUGGCGUACCCCUCUAUCGAUAGCUUUUCUUCAAGCGGGCAUGGAGAUGGGCUAUGAAAAUCGGGAUAUUAAUGGUGCCCAACAGACUGGCUUUAUGUUAACACAGAGCACCAUACGUAGGGGUGCCAGGUGCUCCACGGGCAAGGCUUUCAUUCGUCCCGUGAGGCAGCGUCAAAACUUCGAUGUCUUGCUGCAUGCAGAGGCCACAAAGAUUCUAUUUGACAAGCAGAAGAGAGCUAUUGGCGUGGAGUACAUGAGAGGUGGCCGGAAGAACCUGGUCUUUGUCAGGAGAGAAGUGAUAGCCAGUGCUGGAGCUUUGAAUACCCCAAAGUUACUGAUGCUUUCCGGUGUUGGACCAGCUGAACAUCUGCAGGAACAUAACAUACCCGUUAUAUCAGAUCUUCCAGUGGGUAACAAUAUGCAAGAUCAUGUGGGUCUGGGUGGUCUCACCUUCGUAGUGGAUGCCCCACUCACCGUCACUCGCAAUCGCUUCCAAACCAUUCCAGUUUCCAUGGAAUAUAUACUAAGAGAACGUGGUCCCAUGACAUUUUCUGGAGUGGAAGGUGUCGCCUUUCUAAACACCAAAUACCAAGAUCCCUCAGUGGACUGGCCAGAUGUACAAUUCCAUUUCUGUCCCAGUUCCAUAAGCUCCGAUGGCGGCGAGCAAAUCCGAAAGAUACUCAAUCUACGAGAUGGUUUCUAUAAUACAGUAUAUAAACCCUUGCAGCACAGUGAAACAUGGUCGAUAUUGCCACUACUGCUAAGACCCAAAAGUACUGGCUGGGUGCGGCUAAACUCGAGGAAUCCCCAACAGCAGCCCAAGAUUAUACCAAACUAUUUUGCCCAUCAGGAGGAUAUCGAUGUACUGGUCGAGGGUAUUAAAUUGGCUAUCAAUGUAUCGAAUACCCAGGCAUUUCAACGUUUUGGCUCUAGAUUACAUAACAUCCCCCUGCCAGGCUGUAGACAUCUGCCAUUCCAGUCCAACGAAUACUGGGCCUGUUGCAUCAAAGAGUUCACCUUUACGAUCUAUCAUCCAGCUGGCACCUGUCGCAUGGGUCCCAGUUGGGAUGUUACGGCCGUCGUUGAUCCCCGGCUGCGUGUCUAUGGGGUAUCUGGUGUUAGGGUAGUGGAUGCCAGCAUUAUGCCAACGAUUGUCAAUGGAAAUCCUAAUGCUCCGGUGAUCGCCAUUGGCGAGAAGGCCUCCGAUUUGAUCAAAGAAGAUUGGGGCGCCAGACGGGCCGGGGGAGGGGGCUAGCACUUAGCAUCUUAGCUUAAAUUCUCGAUCACUAAUUUAUGUUUCAACUAGUCAAAUGUGGAUUAACUGAUGUAAUAUAAUCGCUAUAUAUACUUUUUUUUGUUUCAUCAUCGAUUUCCUCGUUUCGUUUCGCCGCUAAAACUUAUGCUUAGUUAUUCUGUUAAGUUAAGUUUACGAAUUCCCACAUACAGUUUUUUUUUUGAUU